UCAUAGGGGCAGCCUUUAAAUACAGUAUUGCUUCUCUGAUUUGUUAUGGUACAGUAUUUUAGCAAAUAUUUAAGUGAAGUUAAUAAUCAAAAAAACUGCAGAUGCUGGCAAUCUAAAACGAAAAUGGAAAAUGCUGUGAACAUUCAGUAAAUCAGGUAAUAUUUGUGGAAAGAGCAACAGUAAAGAGAUCAGGAUGAAGAUUAUUUAACAGAACUAGAAAUUAGCAAAAAAAGUAACUUUUAAAAUUACAGAAAAUUGCAGGAGACACCGACAAAUAGGUUAAAAUGGGAUAGUGAAUUAAAGUGAACUUUUAAUCUAAUGUACUGCGUUCCCCUACACUGGAAAACCAAGACAAAAUUGGAUAACCAUUUUACUGUGUUAACUUGUCAACUGCAAUCCUAAACUUGCAGUAGCUGUUCAGAUUUAGAUUUAUUUAUUACAUGUAUAUCAAAGCAUACAGGGAAAUGUUCCUCUAAUUCUAUAUAUCACUGCACUUUGACUUAAAUGUCUGGCAUCCUGUAUGAUAACAAAGCACAGCACAAAUUUGAGGAACAGCAUUUGAUCUUCUAUCUGAGCAUAUUGUAGCUGUUUGUACUCCAUCAAAUUCAGCAGUUUCAGAUUAUUUGUUUUUUUUUACUUUCUCUGCAUCAGAGUUGCCCAGUUUGCUGUCGGUCAUCUGUAUUAUUCAGUUUUUUGUUUUCCAGAGACUCUUUCUUAAUUUUUAUGUUCAACAGAAUUUGUUGGACAUUUCCUACAUGCCUUCACCAUUGUUUUGGGAAAUUUUAACCAGGCCAGUCUGAAAAAAUCGCUAAAUAACUAUCAUCAACAGAUCACUUGCAAUACCAGAGGAAACAACAUACUGGACCAUUGCUACACAAACCAUCAAGAAUGCCUACCUUGCUAUUCCACGCCCUCACUUCAGGAAGUCUGAUCACCUAGCUGUACUUCUACUCCCUGAGUAUAGGCAGACACUAAGGACUGCAGCACCAGCAGUGAGGACCAAGAAUGUAUGGACAAGGGACGCACAGGAGUGCCUACAGGACUGCUUUGAAUCGGUGGACUGGACUGUAUUCAGGGAUUCAUCUUUGAAUCUGGAUGAGUACGCUGCAGUUGUUACCGACUUCAUUAAAACCUGUGUGGAUGAGUGUGUGCCUACAAAGACUUACUGUACAUUCCCAAACCAAAAGCCGUGGAUGAACCAGGAGGUACGUCGUCUGCUAAAGGCUAAAUCUAUGACGUUUAUGUCUGGCAACCCAGGCCUGUACCAGAAAAUCAGGUAUGAUUUGUGGAGGGCGCUCUCAAGGGCGAAGAGACAAUUUCAAACGAGGUUGGAGGCAAUAUCAGAUGCACGGCAACUCUGGCAGGGUCACAUUACUUCCUACAAAGCGAAACCCAAUAGUAUGAAUGGCAGCAAUGCUUCACCACCAGAUGAACUCAAUGUCUUCUAUGCCCACUUUGAAAGGGAGAACCAAGCUACAGCUGUGAAGAUCUCUGCUGCACCUGAUGACCCUGUGAUUUCCGUCUCAGAGGCUGAUGUUAGACUGUCUUUAAAGAGAGAGAACCCUCGCAAGGCAUUAGUCCCCGAUGGAGUACCUGGUAAGGCUCUGAAAACCUGUGCCAAACAACUGGCAGAGUAUUCAAGGACAUUUUCAACCUCUCAUUGCUGCAGACAAUAGUUCCACGUGCUUCAAAAGGCAACGAUUAUUCCAGUGCCUAGGAAGAAUAAUGUGAGCUGCCUUAAUAACUUUCGCCCGGUGGCACUCACAUCGACAGUGAUGAAAUGCUUUGAGAGGUUGGUUAUGACUAGACUGAACUCCUGCCUCAGCAAGCACCUGGACCCACUGCAAUUAGCCUAUUGCCACAAUAGGUCAACGGCAGACGCAAUCUCCAUGGCUCUCCACACGGCUUUAGACCACCUAAACAACACAGACACCUACUUCAGGAUGCUGCUCAUCAAUAAUAGCUCAGCAUUUAAUACCAUCAUUCCCAAAAUCCUAAUUGAGAAGUUGCAGAGCCUGGACCUCUGUACCUCCCUCUGCAAUUGGAUCCUCAACUUCCUAACCGGAAGACCACCGUCUGCGGAUUGGUGAUAGCAUAUCCUCCUCGCUGACGAUCAACACUGACACACCUUAAGGGUGUGUGCUUCACCCACUACUCUACUCUCUAUAUACAUAUAACUGUGUGGCUAGGCAUAGCUCAAAUACCAUCUAUAAAUUUGCUGUUGAUACAACCAUUGUUGGUGGAAUCUCAGGUGGUGACGAGAGGGCAUACAGGAGUAAGAUAUGCCAACUAGUGGAAUGGUGCUGCAGCAACAACCUGUCACUCAACGUCAGUAAGACAAAAGAGCUGAUAGUGGACUUCAGGAAGGGUAAGACGAAGGAACACAUACCAAUCCUCAUAGAGGGCUCAGAAAUGGAGAGGGUGAGCAGCUUCAAGUUCCUCGGUAUCGAGAUCUCUGAGGAUCUCACCUGGUCCCAACAUAUCGAUGUAGUCAUAAAGAAGGCAAGACAGCGGCUAUACUUCAUUAGCAGUUUGAAGAGAUUUGGCAUGUCAACAAAUACACUGAAUAAUUUCUAUAGUUGUACCGUGGAGAGCAUUCUGACAGGCAGCAUCACUGUCUGGUAUGGAGGGGCUACUGCACAGAACCAAAAGAAGCUGCAGAAGGUUGUAAAUCUAGUCAGCUCCAUCUUGGGUACUAGCCUAUAAAGUACCCAGGACAUCUUUAGGGAGCAGUGUCUCAGAAAGGCAGCAUCCAUUUUUAAGUACCUCCAGCACCCAGGGCAUGCCCUUUUCUCACUGUUACCAUCAGGUAGGAGAUACAGAAGACUGAAGGCAUACACUCAGUGAUUCAGGAACCGCUUCUUCCCCUCUGCCAUCCUAAAUGGACAUUGAAGCUUUGAACACUACCUCAUUUUUUUUAAUAUAUAGUUUUUGUAUGAUUUUUUAAAAAUCUAUCCAGUUAUGUAAUUGAUUUACUUGUUUAUUUAUUAUUAUUAUCUUUAUUUUUCUCUCUGCUAGAUUAUAUAUUGCAUUGAACGGCUGCUGCUGAGUUAACAAAUUUCACAUCACAUGCAGGUGAUAAUAAACCUGAUUCUGAUUAUGAGUUCUGCUUUUCUUAGCUUUAACAUUAUUCUUUUGUGUUCUUUCUCUGUAACCUUUCUCAUUAACCUACCAACCAGGUGACAUUAUUGACAGCUAAUCAACCUUGGCAGUCCUAGCCUUGCUCUUUCAGAUGUAUUCUUCUUCCUAUCUAUAUCUCCCUAAUUUUAUCUGUAAAUGCAAUCUUAAUUGUUUUUUUCCCCUUUCUGCAAAGAUUUGAUCUGAAAAAUAACUGUUCUCUUUCUGCAGAUGGUGGUUGGCUUGCUCAUUGUUUCCAGCAUGUGUUUUUACUAAGUUGUAAACUGCAAUCCAUUUUUGUCAUUUUAUGCAAAAUUUGCACUGUUAAUUAGUAGCUAUUAAAAUAUUGUAAUAAUGUAAGAACUGCUUAAUAAUAUUAAUAAUAAUAAUAGGCUAAUUCUGCUUCACCAUACACACCAUACAUUCUCUUUGCUUAUAUUUGCAUUGUUCUUUUAAUUUAUUUUGGUUUCCAAAAGUGUGCCCCUUAUGGUAUGUCCUUUAUGACAGUGCAAUAUAGCUAAGUAGCAGCUUGGACUACUGAUUUUAUUUUAUGAAGAUGUGGAGGAAGGCCAUUUGGUGUAUCAGUCAAUGCCAGAUCUCAAAGCAAUCCUAUUCCCUGGCUUACUUGUGAUAACCUAUUCCUUUACAUGUUCAUUUAUUUACGUAUCUAAACCAUUAAAUCUUCAAAUCUAACCAUUAUAUAAGAAUCAUAAAACCACCAUUCUGAUGUUAAAUAUAUUUAAUUCAUUAACAUUCUUCAGCCAAAUAAACUGCCAUCCUUAUUCUUUUUGGCCUGAUAACAAGCCCAGACCAUCAUCAAUGUAGUUGAUACUUAAUUCCCUCUUGCAAUGGCCUAACUGCCCACCUAAUUCACCAAGGAGUUUGAGAUGGACAGUAAAUGCUGAGUUUGGCAAGUAAUACCAUUAUUCUGCAGGCAAGUUGCAAGCUCUCUUGUCUCUCGAGUCGGAGGAUCUGGAUGUGGGUCCCUGUGCAAGUGCUUAAGGAGCCAAAGAUCUAGACAGAUGCACCAGUGCAUGCAGUGAAAGUACCACGUCAACCAUGAAUAUAAAAAGCAGCCUCAUCUGGUCUCUCAGAGCCAUGUUUGAAGUUCACAUGAGGGAAAGGGAUGAUGGGAGUGUAAAAAUCACUAAUUUGUCUCCGGAGGCUGUGAAGGCAUUUCUGGAUUUUGCUUACACAGGGCACGCAGAGAUUUCUGAGACCAAUGUUGAAAUGUUCUUUCAGAUGUCUUCAUUUCUUCAAGUAUCAUUACUAGCUAAAGCCUGCAGUGACUUUCUUAUCAAAACCCUUGAUCUCACCAAUUGCUUACAACUUUUGUCUUUGUCUGAAAGUUAUGGUUCUACUGCUUUGUACAAUCAUGCUUUGUUAUUUGUAGUGCAGCAUUUUGCUCUGCUGUUAAAAUCAAAUGACUUUUUAGAAAUGAAUGCUGGACUGCUAGAAAAAUGCCUUGAAGCAGAUGCAUUGAAUGUCCCUGAUGAGGACACUGUUCUAGAUGCCCUUCUUCUCUGGACUCGAUAUGAUGCUGAUUCAAGAGAAAAACAUUUGCCUCAGCUGAUUAAUCUGGUAAGGUUGCAUCAGUUAUCCGAAGAAACCCUGGAGGAUUUUAUGAAAUCUGAAAGUUUAUUAGUAAAUAAUCCUAAAUGUAUAGAAUCCAUUGAUGAUGCUCUCAACAAACUUAAGGAGUUUAAUGGGCUCUUUCCUGAUGCAAGACCAUCUACAACAGAGAAAUACAUAUUUGUUCACAAAACAGAAGAAACCAGUAUGGUUAAACAUACAUUUUGUUAUAACAUUGAGAGUGAUACGUGGAAAGAAUUGCCUGCUACAAAUAUUAUUGAUUUUCCUGGAUCAAGUUUGGUCACCUUUGGAGAAAAAAUAUUUAUUACUGGAGGAUGUAAUGUUAGUUGCAGUAGGUCCAUACGACUCCAUAUUGCAGAAAGGUGUCAUGAUGCAACUGAUCAGUCAUGGUGCUAUUGUCCGAGGAGCAACAAUUUCAAUGCAGUUUCAUCAAUGAAAAACUCUCGGACCAUGCACACAUCAGUUAUCGCAAUGAACCAGCUUUUUGUAGUAGGUGGGAAAACCAGAGGAGCAAGAGAAAUCCGGACUCUUUUAAAUGUUGAAGCUUACAAUCCUCUUACCAAAGAAUGGAGAUCAGUGAGUCAUUUGCCAAGAGGGAUUUAUUAUCCAGAAGCAAGUGCCUGCAAAGACAUUAUAUAUGUCCUUGGAUCUGAGGUAGAAAUAGCUGAUGUGUUCAAUCCAUCAUUGGAUUGUUUCUUCAAGUACAAUGUAUCUUCUGAUCAAUGGUCAGAACUUGUUGCAGAAUUUGGCCAGUUUUUUCAUGCUACUCUAGUGAAAGCUGUCCCAGUAAACUGCACCUUGUAUAUUUGUGAUCUUUCUACUUACAAAGUCUAUAGUUUUUGUCCGGAUACCUGUGUUUGGAAAGGUGAGGGCUCAUUUGAAUGUGCAGGUUUCAAUGCUGGAGCUGUUGGGAUUGCAGACAAAAUUUAUAUUUUGGGUGGGGAUUAUGCUCCUGAUGAAAUUACAGAUGAGGUACAAGUGUACCACAGUAGUAGAUCUGAAUGGGAGGAAGUAUCUCCAAUGCCCAGGGCUUUAACAGAGUUUCAUUGUCAAGUGAUUCAGUUCAAUAGAUAUCAAGAUCCUUGGAAAGCUCUAUUAUAAUCACUUGUUAAUUGACAAAUUAUUUAGUCCAAGUAUUUAUUUAAAUUCUGUUUUUUUAAUUUAAACUCUUUUUAACUUAAAAUAUUAAUUUCCAAGCAUACAUUUUCCUUCCCCCAUGGCUUUUUGUGGCAAUUCAAUUUUUCUUACUAAGACCAGUUUCAAAAUUCCUGAUUUUAUUUAAUUACUUGAAUAUUGAAUUCAUUGGGUUCUGUGUCUGGAGUCAGAUGUAUGCUUCUACACCGACAGAAUUCUGAUUUCCAGCCCAGACCUUUGACUGUUUAGUACAAUAAUUUAACCACUUUACUGCAAUACUUCUUGGAUAGAGGCUGGAAUUUGAUUCCAUGUACACAGUACAUGUUCCUUAUCCAGUGAUCUAUCUUCAACUUGAGUUCUAUGUCAUUAAUUUUUACAGGCCCAUUGACAGUGUUUAAUCCUUUUCUUAUUUGAAGUACUUUUUCAUGCAUUUUGUAACAUACAUCAGUGGGGAGCAGUGAAUAGCUAUUCUCCCUUGGCAUGGGAACAACCUGGGGUUAAUUUUCAUUGUUUCCAACAUCGUAAGAGCAUAUUGACUUUCAAGCAUAAAUAAUAAACAUUAUUAAUGAGUAAACACUUGUUCACAGUUGUGAUGUAUAGCCUCCCCAACCCUGCCCUCUGAUAUUUUAGGCAAGUGUUAUGAAUGCAUUUCAAAAAGGAAUGUUCAUUCACCGAUUUUAAAAAAUGAUGGCUGGUUGUGUGUAUUUGUAAGGCUUUCAAUGAUCCGCAAAAUGAAUUCUCUAAUUCUGUGACAUCUUAGUGGUGCUCCUGGUGAGCCUCUUAAAGGCAAAAGUAUGCAUUUUCAUUCUUUAGAAUCACACUGGGAUCUCUAAAGAAUUGAUUAUGAAACUGUCUAGGAGAUGGCUGAUAUUAUCAUAUGCUUGCAGCUGUGUUCUGAGUACACAAGUUCAAUGCCACAAGGGCUUGAUAAAGCCAUCAAAAAGCAGUGAAUAUAUUUUUGUCUUUGUAUUUGACUUGCAUUACCUUUUGUGUUUAAGCGUAUAUGUGGCCAUCACUCCACUUACUUCUCUCCAUUUAAAAGACCAUAAGGCAUGGGAACAGAAUUAAACCAUUUGACCCAUCGGGUCUGCUCUUUCAUUAAAUCAUGGCUGAUCCUUUUCUCCUUUUCAGCCCCACUGCCCAGCCUUCUCCCUGUAGCCUUUGAUGCCGUCCCCAAUCAAGAAUCUUCCAUGCUCUGCCUUAAAUGCACCCAAUGACCUGGCCUCUAUAGAUGCCUAUGGUUAUACAUUCCAUAAAUUCACCGCCCUCUGACUAAAGAAAUUUCUGUACAUCUCUGUUUUAUGUGUGCGCCCCUCUACCCUGAGGCAGUGCCCUUUUGUCCUAGACUCUCCCGCCAUGGGGAACAUCCUUUCCACAUCUACUCUGUUUCAGCCUUUCAAUGAGAUCUCCCCUGAUCUUUCUAAAUUCUAAGACCCAGAGCUGUCAAACAUUCCUCGUAUGAUAAUCCUUUCAUUCCUGGAAUCAUCCUUGUGAACCUCCUCUGACCCUCUCUAAUGCCAGCACAUCUGAGGAGCCCAAAACUGUUCACAAUACUCAAGGUGAGGCCUCACCAGUACCUUAUAAAGCCUCAGCAUCACAUCCCUGCCCUUGUAUUCUACACCUCUUGGAAUGAAUGCUAACAUUGCAUUUGCCUUCCUUACCACCGGUUCAACCUGCAAGUUAACCUUUAGAGUGUUCUGCACAAGGACUCACAAGUCCCUUUACAUCUCAGAUUUUUGGAUUUUCUCCCCAUUUAGAAAAUAGUCUCCACAUUUAUUUCUUCUACCAAAGUGCACGACAAUACAUUUUCUAACUUUGUAAUUCAGUUGCCACUUUUGUGCCCAUUCUCCUAAUCUAAGUUCUUCUGCAGCCUACCUGUUUCCUCAACACUACCUGCCCCUCCACCCAUCUUCGUAUCAUCUGCAAACUUGGCAACAAAGCCAUCUAUUCCAUCAUCUAAAUCAUUGAUAUACAGCAUAAAAAGAAGUGGUCCCAACACCAAACCCUGCGGAACUCCACUAGUCACUGGCAGCCAACCAGAAAAGGAUCCUUUUAUUCCCACUCGCUACCUCCUACCAAUCAGCCAAUGCUCUAACCGUGCCAGUAACUUUCCUGUAACGCCAUGGGCUCUUAACUUGGUAAGCAGCCUCAGGUAUGGUACCUUGUCAAAGGCCUUCUGAAAGUCCAUAUUUACAACAGCCUCUGCAUUCCCUUUAUCUAUCUUAUAUGUAAUCUCUUCAAAGAGUUCCAACAGAUUCAUCAGGUAAGAUUAUUUUCCCUUAAGAAAACCAUGCUGACUUUGUCCUAUGUCACCACAUACUCCAUAACCUUAUUUUGAACAAUUGACUCGACUACUUCCCAACCACUGAGGUCAGGCUAACAGGUCUAUAAUGUCCUUUCUGCUGUCUUCCUCCUUUCUUUAAGAGUAGAGUGACAUUUGCAAUUUUCCAGUCCUCUGACACCAUGCUAGAGUCCAAUAAUUUUUGAAAGAUCGUUACUAAUACCUCCACGAUCUCUACCACUUUCCUCUUUCAGAACCUUAGGAUGCAGUUCAUCCUUGCGCAAGGGUGACUUGCGUACCUUAAAUCUUUCAGCUUUUUGAGCACCUGCUCUCUUGUAUUAGUAACUGCACUCACUUCUCUCCCCUCAUGCACUUCAACAUCUGGCUCACUGCUAGUGUCUUCCAUAGUGAGUACUGAUGCAAAAUACUCAUUUAUUUCAUCUGGUCUAGUCUGUCAUUGUACCAGCACUUUACCCUAUUCCAGUCACCUGUUGCAGAUGGUCUCACAUUAUGUGUCAAAAGGUAGUCUUUGUUCACUUGACUGCAAAUGGAAACUAUUCUUGAUUAUGGAAUUUACUCAUUUGCUUCUCACUGAAGCCCCACCAUUGCACAUGAAUAGCUCUCCCAUUCUUCUCUCAGCUUGUACUUCAUUCCAGCAUGCACACUAAAUGAAUUUGCUGCAGAGAUGUACAACUCCUCACAAGAUAGUUCUUCACAAGUACAUGUGAACAUUCCAACUCAUUGAAGGAAAAGUAUUUCAAUCUUGAAGGGUGUUGACCUUUUCUGAUUAUCGAUGAAAAACGUCAGUGACAAGCAGCUCAUGGCAACAGCAAGUUUGCUUUUCACAUUUGUUCUUUUACCAACUAACAUUUCUGUGCUGCCAGUCAUCUGUAUAACUUUUUCCAAAACAGAUGAACGUUCUCCCUUUGUAUUUGUUGCCAAGGUUCAGAGCCUUGAAGGAAAUCAGUCAUCAGAAGGGGGCACUGUUGUACUUUGGAGGCACCAACAUGUGAACUAACACUUCAGAUAAAUUUAUGGUGAUUUAGAACAUAGGUAGAACACAUGCUAGUGAAAAGAAAAGCUGAGGAUAUGGUUCAUUAUGGUAAAGUCUGGGUGUUUAGAUCUUUUCUCCAAAAGUCAGAAUGGUGACUUCAAAGGUUUGUCUGAUAGGAAGAAAAUUGUUUGAAAUUAUUGGUGGUAUUAUAAAAUACCUCUUAUUUGAUACAGAUUUUCAAAACAGCAUAUGAUCUUUGUGGAUGCCACAGCAGGCUCCUCUAGGUAGGAGACAGUGGCUUUACACUUUGAUUUCCAUCAGUUUGAUUUUAUUCAUUCACUUACUUUGAAGUAUCCACAAACUUCAAAAUCCUGAUGUUAACAAACUUGUGCUUUGUGUUCUGUGCAAAAGAGGAAGGUGGUACAUUUGUCAAUAAAUAGAGGUUUCAUAUUGUGCAGUGUAUGGACUUUGAUAAAUGAUUAUUAAUACAGGUGUGUGUAUUUGCAUGGGGAACAUUACACAAGAAAAAAAGGUAGCUAACAGUUAUGUAAGUUGUUUUCUUACUUCAUCCGACCCACUAAAUUUAUUAUCCUUGAGCCCUUUUUUAUUGGAUUUUUUUUUUUGCUGGUUCCUUUUUCUUUCUUUGAGCUACUAAAUUGGUCUGCAAACAUGUUGAGUUCUCUUCAUGGUCCACACUGAAGAAAUACAGUAUUCUGUCAAGGUACUGAAAGCUCCGUUUCAGGAUGACAUUUGUGUGCUCUUCCUAUAGUGUUCGAUGUGGUGCUUUUUGUCUAUCCCGUCAGCCAGAAAUGUUCCUUCAAAGAAAUGAUGAAGGAUCUGUACCAAGGGAUUAACCCCCUAUUGUUUGGUAAUAAUGUGCCUUUCAUUGGAUUGACAAAAUUUAUAUGCAUCAUGUUUGCUGCCAUAGAUAAGUAUUUUCAUUCAUUAAUUUCUCAUUAUGUGGGCAGCAUUGAUGAGGCCAGGGUUUACUGCUUAUUUAUAAUUGCCCUGGAGAAAGGUGGUGGAAUGCCACCCUUCUGAAUAACAGCAGUCUUCCCAGUGAAGGUAGACCCACAAUGCUGUUGGAUUUAGACCCAGUAACAAUGGAUCUUAAUAGUAUUUUCACAAAUUAGAAUGGUAUAUGAUUUGAAGGGAAACUUGCAGGUGAUAUUCCCAAGUUCUUUCUCUUAUUUAUUUUCAUUUUGAUGUAGGUCAUCUGUUUGGGAGUAUUGUAAGUGAGUAACUGCAGUGCUGUUUGUACAUACAGUCGGCCCUCCUUAUCCACGAAUUCUGCAUCCAUGAAUUCAAUCAACCACGAAUUGCGAAAGCUCAGAAGUGCUCUUCCAGCACUUGUUGCUCGAGCAUGUACAGACUUUUUUUCCUUGUCAUUAUUCCCUAAACAAUGCAAUAUAACAACUAUUUUACAUAGCAUUUACAUUGUAUUAGGUAUUAUAAGUAAUCUAGAGAUGAUUUAAAGUGUACGGGAGGAUGUGCGUGGGUUAUCGUGGAUCGGGAUCGAUAAAGAUCGGAAGUUCUCUUUACUAAGUAAGUCGGAACAGGUACAUCCGGUAUUAUUUAGCAUCAGUUAGUCAAACGUUUGCAUUUGUAUAUAGUAUAUAUUUUCCCUUUCUAUGCAUAUAAAACACUUAAGAACGUAUGUUUCAGCGCUGGACUCGGGAAGUUCCUGAGUUCGAUCUAGUGACAGAUCGCUAUGGAGUGUGCUCUCCACUGUGCCGGGUUGAUGUGGAGGAUCAAAAACCCAAAACUCCAAAACCCAAUAAUUAAACCACUGUGUUGCUUAGUAAUAAUUGUAGCUUUCAUCGGGACACAGCCUUUCUCACUUUAUCCUUUAAGAUUAUUCUGAUCGUUGACUGACGUAGCCUAACGCUUUUCCAUUGACCGAUGGCGUUUCACCUCUUUCCGAUUGCUUUAUUAUUUCCACUUUAUUUUCAGUUGUGAUCGUGAUUAUUUUCAUGAACGGAAACACUGUGGAUUCAGAUCUCUGCUGCUGGGUCUUGAUGUCUACCGCACUGAGACAGGUUAAAUAAGGUCUGGAGUUCUGCUGGGUCCUAAGAUCCACCGCAUUGAGACAGCUUGAAUAAAGGACUUGAGCAUCCGCAAAUUUUGGUAUUCGCGAGGAGUCCCGGAACCAAUCCCUUGCAGAUAAGGAGGGCCGAAUGUAGUACACACGGCAGCUACUGAACAAGAGUAGAAAGAAUGAAUAUUUAAGAUGAUGAAUAGGUGUCAAUUAAGAGGCUGUUGAAUUCUUUAUAUUCAUAAAAUUCAUCCAGGGUGUGACUUGUGCUCACUUCUCCCAACUUACUUCUUGAGUUCUACUUUUUGGUCAUAUUUAGGUUUGUGGUGAUGUCUCAGCCAAGUGGUCCCAGAAACUCUACUAAGCAUUGGCGAGCAACUUAUUUUGUAAGAGUAAUCGUACUGUCAGUCACCCCAUCUAUUGCACUUUUCCUUUUGAAGAAUGCUUUCUGAUCCUGUAACCUCACUGCCAUAAGAAGUGAAUUGAAAUAAUGUAGCUGAAGGCUAGCUUCUAAAAUGAGGGUGAUUCUUGGGGAAGUCAAGAUGGAUCAUUUAUUGUCCACUUUUGGUUUAACAUGUUGCAAAUGCUUCAGUGUUGACAUUACAACUUGCGAGCUGGCAAUAAAACAGUUGUUCUUUAAAAAGGAUUACCCUUUUGUUUUGAGGAAUGGCAGUGCAUGAUGAUCUUGUGUGCAGUCAUUUGUAAUUUGUUUCCAAGAACCUCUGAAAUUCCAAGAAUUUCAGUUCCAGAAUUUGUAACUGCUGACUAAAGGAGAAUUUGAUGUACUUAUUUUUAUGUACACUCAUUUGUUUGUUGCAGUUACAUUUAGGGCUAUGGUUACAUUAACACUCGCAGCUAAAAAACAUCGGCAGCUGGAGACAUGGCUAUUUGUUCUAUUUUAGAAGGCUGUGUUAGUCAGUUGCAGUUUAUUUUGAAAGUUACAGUACAAUACGAAACUUCCGUGAAGUAAACAUAAGCAAUCUCUGUUCUACAUAUUCCAUGUUCACCACAGCAAACCUGUAAACAAUUAUUGCCUCAUUUCCAAUCAGUGCUAUACAGUAUAUCAGUUUCCUUUCUUUCCCAUCUUAAGGAUGAUUUAAAUACCCACAUUUCUAGACUUUCAUUACUACAAAGUAAAAUUAAAUAAUGAAUGAAGCAGCAAAUAAACUUUUAAAAGCUCCACUUUCUGUCAGAUUCCUGGUGUAUAUGUUCCUUUAAAAAUUGUAACCAUUUAUCGUUUGCACUUGGCAUCAUCGAAUUUUAUUGAGUGCAUUUAUCAUUCAGCACAACUUGAUGUGAUGAGUCAGAUUAGUAUUUAAAUAUAAAAAUAAGCAGCUUCAGGAGAACACCUGAUAUUUCUUCAAAAUAAUGUGAACGUUUAAUUCUCAAGAUCUUGAUAGCUAUCUGAGAGUUAGAAUUCUAUACAGUAACUUUUUAUCACUAAUUUUUAUUGCAACACCAACAAAUUACAUUCAAUACAACCAGUUGCUGAUUACAUUUUGAAUGUUUAACCCAGCCACCCCAACCCUCAUCCCCAUUCCCCUCUCCACCCUUCUCUCUCUCCCCCCCCCCCCAGCCCAUCCCCUCCACCAACCAGCUGAAUAGUAGUGCUUACACAGACAGAGCAUUCCUAUUUUAACAGAGGAUCUUUUAAGUUAGAUAUCAAAUUUGUCCACAUUAAGAUUGUGUUUGGUCAUGCAUCAUUUACUCUUGCUGAUGAUAAUUCCAGGUAAGAAAUGUCCAAGAAGCUCCGAAGCCCAUGAGUACUUGAAGUAUCAUGAGGAGAUUUCCAACACUGGACUACAAUCUUCUUAGCUGCAGUGAGGCCUGUCAGUCAGAUUUUGUGGUCGUCAUUUAGAAGAUGUACAGCGAGGUCCAUUGGUAAUUGUACCCCCAUUAGUUCUGUAAGAGUACUGAUAGCCUUCCCCACAAACCAAAAACCCCUGGACGUUCCCAUACAAUGUAUAUAAAUGAGCCAAUGGUUUUGUGGGGGCAAAAUGAGCAAUAUGGGUCAGGAACCAGUCCCAUUUGAUGUCUAAUUCUUGGUGUUAGAUAUGCUCUAUGACAAAAUUUCAAGUGUAUAUACCAAUGAUUUGGGUUUUUUGAAGCACUGGCAGCAUUAUACCAAAUCGCAUCCCAGUCUAAGUGUCCCGAUUCAGAUAUGUCCCUAUCCCAGGCUUUCAUUCCUGUUGUGGGCAUAUAUUUCUGGGAGUUUAAUUUAUCAUAGAUAUAUGACACUGUCUGUCUUGGAAAACUCUGUACCCAACUUAAAAUGGAGUGGUCCUUUAAAUCUGAUCCCCAGGGAACCCCGUAGGUUCUACAAGCUGAUCUUAUUCUAAAGUAGAAGAACAGAGAGUAUUUAAAAAUAUUAUAUCGAGAUACCAGUUCUUGAAAGCUAAGGGUAGUACUUGCCCCAUUAAUAUCUUGAAGAGUAUUAAUACCUUUAUCUUCCCAAGUUCUGUUAGUGAAUGGUUUCCCUCAGAUAGAAAAUUAUUCUUGUUCCAUAAUGGAGAUGAUUUGCACCAUACGCUUUUAAAUUUUAGGAAUUUUUUCUGCUGUUUACAGUAACUUUUUAUAAAUAUGCAUGCACAUUGCAUAAUAUCUUUAAAAAUUGCUGCAAUUUAUAUAGCACUUCCGACAAAAACAAAAUACCAUAUGGCAUGUCAGAUCAUUAAAAGACACAAUUAACACCAAACAACAUAAGGCAGUAUUAGGAACUUUAGAAGAAAGGUUUAAGGAGAGAUUACAGAUCUCAUUACUUGUGUACAGCAUUUAGUGGUAGAGCAUUAAAUAUCAGGGGCAAGUUUUAUAAAAAAAAACAAAAUGAGAACUAGAAAUAUCACCAGGCUGGAGUGAGUCACAAACAUUAAGAAGGAAAAUCAGGAUGAGAAUUCUGGAUCAGAAGCUAGGAUAUUCUGGAGACAAUAGAGGUGUGACUUAGGACAGGCUCAAUUUUGAUCUCAGGUUUACAGAGAGUACAUAAAUUGAUUAGAGCAUAAUCUUAAAAUUCUGCAUGGUUAAAUAUUACUACAAAUUGUCGUCUGUAUUUUAUAUCAUAACGUAAAAUCUAUAGAAGCGUUGAGAACUGAUGAAUAAAAAAUGAACAAGCUCAAAAGAAAUGUGGAGAUUUUAAUUUAAUUUUCACUUUAGGCAGAAUAAAACAUUUGGUUAAGGACUGGCACUAUUUGAGUUAAUAGACAGCUAUCAGUUUUCUCUCCAGCCCUACAGGAAGUGAACACUAACAAUCAUCUCAUGUUCUUGAUAAUUAUUGUUUGUUUAUUUACUAUUAAAUAAAUAUAUAUAAGCAAUAAAAUAAGCAAGAUUGUGGACAGCGAAGAAGACUAUCAUGGUUUGCAGCAGGAUCUAGACCAGCUGGAGAACUGGGCUGAAAAAAUGGCAGAUGGAAUUUAAUGCAGACAAGUUGGAGUUCUUGCACUUCAGUAGGACCAACCAAGGAGUGCAGUAGAACAAAGGGAUCUGGAAAUACAGGUCCAUAAAUCAUUGAAGGUGGUGUUACAGAUAGAUAGGGUCAUAAAGAAAGCUUUUGGCACAUUGGUUGUCAUAAAUCAAAGUAUCGAGUACAGGAAAUGGGAUGUUUUGUUGAAGUUGUAUGACAUUGUGUGGCUUAAUUUGGAGUAUUAUGUGCAGUUUUGGUCACCUACGUACAGGAAAAAUACAAAUAAGGUUUAAAUGAGUACAGAGAAAAUUUACAAGGUUAUUGCCAGGUUUGGAGGACCGAGUUAUCUGAAAAAAAUUGAAUAGGUUAGAACUUUAUUCCUGGAGCAUAGAAGAUUGAGAGGAGAUUUGAUAGAGGUGUACAAAUUUAUGAGGGGUAUAGAUAGGAUAAAUGCAAACAGGCUUUUUCCACUGAGGUUGGAUGGGACUACAACUAGAGGACAUAGGUUAAGGGUGGGAGGUGAAAAGUUUAAGGGGAACAUGAGUGGAAGCUUUCUUACUCAGGGUUGUGAGAGUGUGGAAUGAGCUGCCAGCACAAGUGGUGCAUAUAGGAUAUGGAGGGCUAUGGUCCUGAUGCAGGUUGAUGUGAAUAGACAGUUUAAAUGGUUUGACACAGACUAGAUGGGCCAAAGGGCCUGUUUCUGUUGUAUUUUUCUGGUACUCUGACUUAUUAUUGUAAUUUUUUUUAUUUCUUUCUUUUUGUAUUUGUUCAGUUGUCUUUUGCACAUUGGUUGUUUGUCCUGUUGCAUUAUGGUCUUUAAUUGGUUCUAUUGUGUUUCUUGUAUUUACUGUGAUAAUAAAUUUACUUUGAACGCUGAUAACUUUGGUCCAUAUUGUUGCUUGGAAACUCAAUGGAGUUUUCACAAUUUCCUACUAGUAACUUUGGAAGCCUUGAGAGUUGCUUUGUUAAUGGCCAUUGAGGUCACUUCUUUAGACAUGUCCUGAAGAUGUACUUGUGAAUUCUGGCAACCCUAGCUGAAAUUUUAACUAUCUAAGCAUAACUAGCUGAAAAUGAAAUCAUGUUUUUCAAGUAAUUUUAAUUAAAAAUGCAUCAUUAUCAUUAUAAUUGGUGUUCUAUUCUUUAAGUUUAGAUAUAUGAACAAUUUCUUCUUUACAAAGUGCAGUUCUGUUCUUUGCAUAUCAUCAAUGAUACUAUAGCAAUGAUGGAAGGGAGCUGAAAAUACAUAAAGAGUAAUAUACCAGACAGAAAGCAAUGGGUAACAUAGUGACAAAGCUAGUAGAGCCAGUGCCUGAUUGCUCCAAAGAUCUGGGUUCAAUUCUGAUGAUGUUCUUGUUCUAAUAUUCCUGUGACUAUCUCAAUUUCCUAUUUCCUUCCACCAUUCCAACAAUAUCUGUACUGGUAAAUUACCCUCAGUGUGUUGGUGGAUGGUAAAAGCUUGAGGAAAUGCGAAAUGAAUGUUUACAGGAAAAAGAAGUAGAUGAAUGGGUUUGCUGUGUAAUCUGCCUUUGAUUGAAUGAACCAAAAUGACCCCCCCCCCCCCAAUGUAAAGAAAUAAAGUAAAUAUGACAUGGUUUUUUGCUUUCAUUUUUAAGGCAAAACAGGUCUGAGAGGUAUUUUGCCUUCGAUGAUGACAAAGAUUCUUCAUCCUGAUUGACUGAUAAUAUUGAACCAUAAUGAUCAGGGAAAUGAAGAAGUAUUUUACAUGUUGUAUUACUACCCAGGAAAUUUCAUUUUCUGAUAAAAGUUUUAAAUUACCAAUCGUAAAAGGACAAUUUCAAUCAUAUUAAUAUAAAAUAUUAAAAAAUGAAAUUAGUCAUUAUACAUGUGUUUUUGUGAGCAAAUGAACAUUAACGUUGAUAAAUAGUAGUCCUCUACAUAUGAAGGUUAUUUACAAUAGCAGUAGCUAGCAACUUUAUUAUCUGUGAAUGUCAAAAAUGAAAGCUCAGGUUUACAUCUGGUUUAAAAUAUAAAAAGGCUGAACAGUUUAAAAUGAUGUUUACUAGUAGAAUCGUAAUUUUUUUGUUAAGCAGUAGUGUUUUGUAAUAUAUGAAUGCAAUUUGUAAGUACAGAAAUGCUUCCCCUGUGCAACCCACUGUAAAAUUGCUGCAACCAAAUACAAAGGGUUAUUGCUACUAUCUUCCUCAAGGUGACUUUUUAACAGUGAGCUUCCAAAUCAAAUAUUGAAUUGACUGCACUGUUUUAUGCAUAAAUCUUUCAUACAGUUUUGGAAUACAAUGUUGUUGUGAACACACACAAAAUGCUGGAGGAACUCAACGGGUCAGACAGCAUCUAUGGAAAAAUACAGUCAGUGUUUCAGGCCAAGACCCUAUGAAGUGUUUGCGCCCAAAAUGUCAACUGUACUCUUUUCCAUAGAUGCUGCCUGGCCUGCUGAGUUCCUCAGGCAAUUUGUGUGUGUUGCUUGGAUUUCCAGCAUCUGCAAAUUUUCUUUUGAAAUUGUAGUGAACCCUUCCUUACAUCAAUGUAUAUUUCCAAUGAAUGUGAUGGAAAUUCCAUUUGAAAUGAGUGUACAAUGAUACAACUAAUGUAUAAACUAGCAAGUUAUUUCAGCUAAUGCUUUUAAAAAGUGAUUUGGGACACGUAUGCUUUAAAUUGAUGCAGUUGUGUUUUAACUAAAAUAUUUGAUAAAGCUGAAAAUGAAGUUGCUCCUGUCUAAGAAGCAACUUGGAUCUGCUUCAGUUUGCUUCACGCCACAACAGGUCAACAGCAGAUGCCAUUUCAUUGGUUCUUCACUCAACCCUGGAACAUCUGAACAGCGAAGAUGCCUACAUUAGGAUACUCUUCAUUGACUACAGUAAGUAUCAAGACCUUGACCUCAACACCUUGUGUAACUGGAACCUCGAUUUACUCACUUGCAGACCCAGUCGGUUUGAAUUGGCAACAACAUCUCCUCCACAAUCACCAUCAGUACAGUUGCACCACAAGACUGUGUGCUUAGCUCCUGGCUUUACUCACUUUAUACUUAUGACUGAGGCUAAGCACAGCUCCAAAACUAUAUUUAGGUUUGUUGAUGACACUGCUUUAAUUGGCCAAAUCAAAGAUUUUAAGGGAUAGCAUACAUGAGAGGGAUUGAGAAUCUGGCUGAGUGAUGCCACAACAAUUUUUCACUCAAUGUCUGCAAGACCAAGGAACCGAUAAUUGACUUCAGGAGGAGGAAACUGGAGAUCCAUGAGCUAGUCCUCAUUGGGGGAUUAGAGGUGGACAGGGUCAGAAACUUUUAAUUUUCUUGGUGUUAUCAUUUCCGAGGAUCUGUCCUGGGUCCAGCACGCAAGUGCCAUUAUGAAGAAAGCACAGUAGCACCUCUUAAAAAAAAUUUGUAAAGAUUUAGCAUUGCAUCUAAAACUUUAACAAACUUUAUAAAUGCAUGGUGGAGAGUAUAUUGACAGCUUGCAUCAUGGCCUGAUAUGAAAACACAAAUGCCCUUGAAUAGAAAUGCUUACAAAAAGUAGUGGAUACAGCCUUGUCCAUCACAGGUGAAGCCCUCCCCACCAUUGAAUACGUGUACAAUAGUGCUGUCGCAGGAAAGCAACAUCCCUCAUCGUGGACCCCCAUCAUCCAGGCAAUUCUCUUUUCUCAUUGCUACCAUCAGGAAGAAAGCACCGCUGUCUCAGGACCCACUCAACUUCACUUGCCCUAUCACUGAAAUGUUCUAACAAUCUAUGGAUUCACUUUCAAGGACUCUUCAUCUCAUGUUCUCAAUAUUGAUUGCUUAUUUAUUAUUAAUAUUGUAUUUUUAUUCUUCUCAACUCAAGCUAGCAAAACCUGAGGUAUGGGCGUAGCCAAGCACACUCACUUCUCAAUUGCUGGGAACUUCUGGACUAUUCUUUUAUUAUUAUCUUUAUUUUUGUAUUUGCACAGUUGGUUGUCUUUUGCACAUUGAUUGUCCUGUUGGGUGCAAUCCUUCAUUGAUUCUCUUCUGUUUCUUGUAUUUACUGUGAAUGCCUGCACAAAAAUAAAUCUCAGGGUUAUAUAUGUAUUUCGAUAAUUAAUUUACUUUGAACUUUGAAAAUGAUUUGAAAUGUCUUUUCUGCUUAAAGUCAUCACUAACUUAUUAAAAGUGUGCUAAAAUCCAAUGAUAAUUAAUGUAAUCACAGCUCAUCCCUUCUGCCUGCAUAUUCUUCCAUACCUAUACCCUUCCUGCAGCGCUCCACCCUCACCAUUCCCAACACUCUAUACUCCUUCCAGAUUUACAAGCUCGCUCUCUGAUCCACAUUGACAAUUCCUGCAUGUCCAGAUUCACCCCAAUGAAUUCUAAGUGUCACAAAUGAUAACUUUUCUCUAGAUCCCUCAAAAUAGAAACCGUUAGCCUUCCUAAUAGACCUUCAGUGACUAAAUGCUGUAUUUCUGUUUCAGCUAGGAGGGCCUCUAAUUCACAGUGCUGUUGGUGUCUGCAGUCCUUUGCCAUUUGAAACAAUAUUUUUGACUCCUUUCCAAAGUGAACAGUUUGGCACACAUAUAUAUAGCUAGGGUGCUUACGACUUUUGCACAAUAAUAUAUUUAUCAAAAGGAGCAGUGCAAAAUGGCAAAAUAUUUAAAUGUGAUCGUUUUGGAAUUCUGUGUAAAACUAUUUAACUUUAUUAACCACAAUAAAAUAAAUGAAUUACUCAAGUUGUUAUCUCCUUAAAUUUGCUAUUUGGCUUUGAAGAAUAUGGCAAUAAAACUUGUGCUGCACCACCUUCUCCCGAAGUUUAAUGUAUCUGGGAUGCUGAAAUAAAGCCUAUAAUAAGUAAUAUGCUUUUACACUGGAGUGCAUGCUGCAUUGUUUAGACCCAAAGAGGAUGAAGAAUUUUAGGCUGCAGAGCAACAGUAAGAUUCAGGAGUUUAGCAUGCUGUCAAUGCAGUCAAUUAAUAGUGAAGAAGCAUGUUCAUGUAUGUUCUUUCUCACAUUGCACCAACUGUCAUUUUAUUUACCUAAUCUAGUCCUGAAUGUAAUCCAAAGCACACUGUAUAUUCAUGGAUGGAGCAUUUACAUGGAUCAAGACCGAUAAUAAACCUGUAAAAACUGAAGGAUGUAUCACUUGCAUUUCAAUCUUUUUUUUGCUAGUUUCAGGGUCAGACAAGGAAAGUGGAAAGAUGUUAUCAAUAGUAAAAAGAAGGCCAAAAAAAUUGAAAACAGUACUUGGUUUUAAAGCACACUAUUAGAGGGUAAGGUUUGAAAAUAGUAAAGGAAUUUUUCAAGAAGCUGGACUCAAAAGUUGGGUUUAUUGUCAAAAGUACUUGUCAGCACAGCUGUAAUGAAAAACUAGCAGCAUCACGUGCACAUAGCGUCAGAAACACAUUUCCAAGUAAAGCAUAAAUUAUACACAAUUUUACAAGAAAAAAUACAAUUAGAAUUUUUGUAGAAGUCUGGUAAUGCAAAGUGUCCAUAUUGUUGCUAUACUGAGAUAGUGAUUAGGGUUAUACAGGUUAACUCAAGAACCAAGUGGUUGAAGCUGUUCUUGAAUGUCGUGUUGUGGGACUAAAGUACCCCCUGCCCUUUGGUAGCUAUAAGUCAACAGUCCUUAAAGGCAUUACUGGAAGCUGUUUGAAAACAAUCUUGAAAACCUUUUCAGAAUUAAAAUUUUUUAAUUUAAAAUUUGAAAUGUCCUGACUAGCAAGUUGUAUUGAUGGCAACUAAUGUGGCAAGUAUAACUUGCUGAUUAUUCAAGAGAGGCCCAAUGCUGAUCUUGACUGGCCUUGAUCAUAUACAGCAUAAGUAAUCAUAGAAUCAUCAAAUUGAGGUUA